AGUGUUGAGGAUCGAGGAUCUAGUCAGCAACUCGUUUAGCCAUCUCUACGCACGUAUACGAUGGCCCCAUUUGGAGGACGCGGAAGCUCUGGAAGAGGACGUGGUGGAUUUCGGGGGGGAAGAGGUGGGAGGGGAGGGAGAGGAGGAUAUGGAGGACCUCAAUUGCCGUCAUCUCUUCUUGAGCAAGUUGAUGCCAAGUAUGGAUCCGGGGGAAAGAAAGAUGUGACCAGGAAAGAAAAACGAAAAGCCACUCGAGAUGACCGUAAAGGACCUGCGCAAACUCAAAAGACAAGAAGACGAUCACCACCAAGCGAUCAUGAGGAGGAGGAAAAAGAUGAGUCUGAACAGCCGCCUUUUAAAAAAUCAAAGACCUCCAAACCCAAAUCUGUGUCGAGUUCGGAGAAGUCCAAUUCGGAAAAAAAGGAGAAGAAGAAGAAGCUUCCAGAGUUGACACUUCCCGAGGAGAGUGUGGGUGGGGAUGUGGAGGACAGAGAGAUUGAAUGGUUGGAGUAUAUGCUGAGGAAAGAGAAGGGGAAGUCUAAGGAUGAGGAUGAUCUUGAUGAUGGUCUCGAUGAUUUGUUAAACUUUGCCGAAGCUUUUGAGCAUGGUGGGAAAGGAGUGAACAAGCAGAUUUUGGAUGAUGAAGAUGAUGAAGGAAUAUCUGACUUUGGAGAGGAAAACGAAGAUGAUGGGGAAGAAGAAGAAUCGGAGGAAGACCAAGACGAAGACGGUGGUGAAGACAACGAGAUUGACCUUGACGAGGACGAAGAAGAAGAGUUUAUGGGAUUCAGCGAUCAAGACGACCAGGAGAAGGAAGAGGAUGAAUCCUCGGCCCAAGAAAAGCAUCAGGCCGGACACGACGACGCAGAACCAUCAGUACCUUCAGAUCCCACUCCUUCAUCCUCAACGGACACUCCGGCACCUACCAAGUACAUCCCUCCACACCUUCGAGCCGCUCAAUUAGAGGAAAAAUCGAAAGGGAACAAGGAAAAGGCAGAGGAAAAAAUACGACUUGAGAGAAAGGCGCAGGGUCUGCUCAAUAGGCUGAGUGAGCAAAAUAUUGAGUCCAUAUUAGCCGAGCUUGAAACGCUAUAUAGAAAUCACAGUAGAAACGAUGUCACCACCGCUCUUACCGACCUCAUCAUUCAAAUGAUCUCCAAUAAAGCCAACCUUCUAGAUUCCUUUGUCGUCCUCUACGCCACUUUGGUCGGGGCUCUUCAUCGAGUGAUCGGUAUGGAGUUUGGAGCUCACUUCAUUCACACCUUGAUUACAAAAUACAGCGGUCUCCAGAGCCCCUCGUCAUUGAGCGUUGAAAGUCAACAAUCGACAACUAUCCAGACCACGAUUUACCAGACCCCUGACGCAGGCAAAGAGUCUCUCAAUUUGCUCACUCUCAUUGCAGAGCUGUACAACGCCCAAGUUGUCGGAUCUCGAUUGAUCUACGAUCUGAUCAGAGGCUUCUUAGAGGGCGAAGAGAAAGACCGAGAAGUUAUGGGAGAGAGGGAAGUAGAAGGGUUGCUGAAGAUUCUGAGGUGUUCGGGAGCUCAGCUGAGAACAGAUGACCCUGCGAGUUUGAAGGACAUUGUCAAUCUUGUACAGGAGAAGACCAAGGGCAAGGAGAAGACUAUGACAGCUCGUGCUCGUUUCAUGGUGGAAACCCUAACCAACGUAAAAAAUGGCAAGGUCAAGUCCUCUGCUACUUCCGAAGCAGGGAACGAUGCUGCUCAACGGAUGAAGAAGUUCUUAUCCGGAUUAGGCCGUAAACGAAGAUUACUUGCAUACGAGCCCCUCCGAGUCUCCUACUCUGACCUGCUGUCAGCUGAUAAAAAGGGUAAAUGGUGGCUUGUCGGUGCGGGCUGGUCUGGCAACCCUCUUGUGGAGCUGGAACAACAACGUGAACAAGCCAAGUCGUCAGGAAAGACGGAGAAAACCGGAAAGAAAAAGGAAGAGAAGGAUAGCGAGGCGGCAUUGCUAGAGUUGGCGAGAAAACAAGGGAUGAACACGGACGUCAGAAGAGGAGUGUUCGUGGUGCUGAUGACCAGCGAAGACUAUGUGCACGCCUGUGAUAGGUUGAGUAUGUUCAAACUGAGCGAUGUCCAGCAGCGAGAAUUUGUGAGGGUGGCUCUCCACUGUUGUGGUCUCGAAGCAACGUAUAACCCAUACUAUACUCUUAUCCUCAGUCAUCUCUGUGCAAACUCUUACGAUCACCGCUUCACGUUUCAAUACGCUCUGUGGGACUUUAUGCGUGAGCUGGAGAAUGGAUCAAAGGUUAGCAAAGAGAAACUUGGAAAUGUGGCGAGGGCUGUGGGGUAUGUUGUGGCCCGAGGAGGACUGAGUUUGACUGUUUUCAAGGCGGUUGAUUUCACAUCCCUUUCCAAACCGCUCAUUAAAUUCCUUAUCACCGUCCUGGUACAUCUUGUCAUAGCGCUCCAGACCGUGUCUCCCAUCUUUACGCUUCCUAAAUCUUAUGAUCUUGCUCGCAACUUUGAUGAUGAAGUUAUUCAAGAGAGAUUUGAACAGGUGCUCAGUAACACUGAGCUUGCUGGUGGUUGGCUGUGGAUGUUGGACAGGGAAAUGAAGGAUGGAAAGAAGUGGGAAGAGGAAGUUACGGGAGAAAGGGAAAGGGUAGUUGUGAAGAAAAGCUUGGAGAUUGCUCAGAAUGUGCUGAGAGCAGCUGCGCUAUAGGCAGCCACGCCCGUAACUUUAGGGGAGUGAAUGUUUGUAAGCACCGCCUAAUCAGUAGAUGCGCAUGUAUAUAUCACGGUUGGAUCGGGCUUCUAUAUUCUUAGCAGUCGCAUUGCUGUUGGCAACGCCAACAAGUAGCGAGGAGACGUGACUUGUUUAUUUUACUGGAAGUUUUAUCGCCUUAGAUUCAUAAAUGGAACAAAUU